UGUGACAGCUGUCAGUCAUGUCAUUUUCUUUCAAGAUGGCUCCUACCCGGAGUAUUCUGGGAUUUUUGAACCCCAAAGCGAUUACCGCUGUAAUUUCUAGUAAUUUAUCUAAAACACCCUGCAGAUUUGUUCAUAAGUGCAGUAAUUAUUGUGACCAAUAUUUGGGUGCCCCGGCUUUGUCCGGUGCAGUUUUAGGUCGUAAAGAUUUUAGUCAUGUUUCGGUCAAAAAUUAUCGGUACAUUCAUACUACAAACAGUGUAAACGCUCGUGCUGAUUACUAUAAAGUGCUCGGGGUGGCUAAGAAUGCUUCAGCCAAAGACAUCAAGAAGGCGUACUAUCAGCUUGCCAAGAAAUACCAUCCAGAUGCAAAUAAGUCUGACCCGGAGGCUUCUAAGAAGUUUCAAGAAGUUUCUGAAGCUUAUGAAAUCCUCUCAGAUGAAAACAAGCGCAAGCAAUAUGAUACAUUCGGCACAACAUCAGAACAAAUGGGCAUGGGUGGAGGCCCGAGUGGCCCAGACGGUUUUACUCACCAAUGGCAGUACAAGUCCACCAUAGACCCUGAGGAACUGUUCCGGAAGAUAUUCGGUGAUGCUGGGUUCAAGAGUGAGGCAUUCAGUGACUUUGCAGAGAGCCAGUUUGGGUUUGGUGCAGCACAAGAGGUGAUUGUUAAUCUCCGGUUCACUGAAGCAGCUCGUGGGGUGAACAAGGAUAUCAACAUCAAUGUGGUGGACACCUGCCCAAAGUGCCAGGGCUCCCGCUGUGAGCCAGGCACAAAGGCCAUCAAGUGUACUUACUGCAGUGGAACUGGCAUGGAAACCUUCUCUAGAGGUCCAUUUGUGAUGCGUUCUACAUGUCGGCAUUGUCAUGGCACCAGAAUGCUGAUUAAAUUCCCUUGUGUUGAGUGUGAAGGAAAAGGGCAGUCUGUCCAACGCAAGAAGGUAACAGUGCCAGUGCCGGCCGGCGUCGAGGAUGGACAGACGGUCCGCAUGGCGGUCGGAAGCAACGAGAUCUUCGUCACCUUCAAGGUCGAGAAGUCGGCUUACUUCAAGAGGGACGGGCCUGAUGUCCACACUGAUUGCGCUAUUUCCGUAUCGCAAGCCCUACUAGGUGGUACUGUGAGAAUACAAGGCUUAUAUGAAGACCAUACUAUCCAGAUAAUGCCCGGCACAUCGUCCCACACUAGUAUCCGCCUGUCCCGCAAAGGCAUGAAGAGAGUCAGCCAACACGGCUAUGGAGACCAUUAUGUGCACGUCAAAAUACAGGUACCAAAGUCACUGAGCGACAAACAGAAGGCGUUGGUGUAUGCAUACGCGGAAUUAGAGGAGGACACGCCCGGACAAAUUCACGGCGUCUCGUACGACAGAGACGACAAGACCAAAAAUAGCACUAAAGACGAUAACCAAAAAGUACACCCAUUGAACAGAGACUCCGAAGAAACAGAGCGAGACAAAACGAAAGCGUGGACAUUUCUAGAAAACCUAGUCGAUACAUACAAUGCGCAUCGACCAGCGUUUGUUGUAGGAUUUUUGAUGUCUGUGGUCAUUUAUACGAUGAUAAUGCUACAGGACAAUGACCCUGAUAAUUUUGUGCAUAGGUAUGCGAGAGAGUAUGAUAACAGAGUGAUAAGAGAGCCAGAUAAGCCUUUAGGGUAUGAGAGAGCGUUGAAAAGGCAAAAGGAACAGAAUCCAGAAUUGUAUGACGCUUGAGUUGAUGGUUAUGACGAAUGAAGCUUAAGCCUACGCGCAGACCGCCGACUUUUAGUUGGCCGAUGGUUGGGUCGGGCUGUUAAUCAGUAUGGACAUGUAUGAAAGUGCUAACAUUACACCGAUUUGGUAUCGGCUGAUUCUUCACACAAAUUAGAAUCGGGCCCAACUAUCGGCCAACUAAAAAUCGGUGGUCUGCGCUUAGGCCAAAGUAAAGGAGAUACGGUUCAGAAUGUAUUAUCAGAUAGGAAUAAAAUGGGUUGAAUAAUAUACUAAAUCUUAAUUAAUGGGUUCAAAUACUUAUCACAUAGCGUGUUAUACUUAAUUAGUUGCGAACACAAAUUAAAUAAGUUCAUAUUAUAAAUCAGUUGAUUGUCUGCGAUUUUGCAUAUUUGGAGUUUACUUUUGACUUAUUGUUGUUAUGUAAAUGUUGUAUUUAUUUACAAUGAGUGAGAGAUGAGUGUAUGCCUGUGUAUGUAGUUUAGCAAGGGCUAUAGUAUGAUGGUCAUACAUAAUGAUGUAAAUAAUUUAAUGAAUAUACGAAAUUCAACGCUA